UCUCUUGCAGAAAAUUCUAAGCUGAGACAUGUAGAAAAAGAUGUUUUGAUUCCACAAAUAAUGAGAGAGCGAGCCAAGGAGCUGUGUUCAGAUAAAGUGCAAGCAUUUACUAAAUGCUGUCAAGAAACUGGUCUUCUUAUGGUGGUGAAGUGUCGGCAAGAGAACACAGCACUGAAAGAUUGUCUGGUUGGCUACUAUUCUGAUCCAUUAUUCUAUGAGGAAUGCAAAACAGAAUAUUUGAAGCAAAGAGAAGAAUACAGAGCAACUGGAAUUAAGAAAAAAAGACAGAAGCUUACUUCAAAUGUGUAG